AUGUCGCCUGCUCCCCUGAGCGAAAUAACCGUUGCUGGUCAUGAUAAUUUGACCAAUUCAGCAAGUAUAAUUUCAAAUCAAGUUGUGGAAAAUAACAAUACAGUUGUGUCGCUGAGUGGUGAAAAUGCCUUAACAGUGGGAUUCGGACAUUUAUUACUAGAAUCAAUGGAAAGUGUUGAUUUAUCUAGCACAGAUGAACCGGAUAUGGAGCCCAAAAACCAAAAAGUAUCUGAGUCUAUUUCUCUUCCGCUGACAACAUAUUCAGCGCCAGCAACGCCUACUGGUGAAAGGGUUCAAGUGCAGUUUCGUAGUUCCAAACGUCAAGACAGUAAUGUGAAUAUCAAUAAUCUGAAGAGUAAUGACUCAAAACAAUUAGAAGUGAAAUAUUCAUCAACUAAAGGCCUUCUAGACAGUUUUUUGGGUUGUUUAAAACCGAUCUGGAACGUUUGCGGUAAAAUUUAUCAAGAAAAUUUAAAACCGUCAUCGUAUACAUCAAAAGAUGAGUGGGAAUUUCCAUUUGAUUCUAUCGUGAACCUUGUAUUAAUCGAAAAUGGAACGGAAGGUCCGAUUUAUCACGGCAAAUUAAAGGAUAUGGAUAUUGCGGUCAAACGAGUCAGAACAUUAGAGGAAACAAAAAUUCAUCAUUUGAAAAAAUUAAAUCAUGUGAAUGUUAUCAAAUUCAAAGGUAUUUGUGUAGCCCCUCCUAUGUAUUAUAUUCUAAUGGAAUACUGUCACUUUGGAUCAUUGUAUGAUGUAUUGAAACAACGACGAGAAAAGUCUUAUACAAUGCCUACACAAGUUCUCGACUGGUCAAAACAAAUCUCAUUGGGAAUGGAUUAUUUACAUACAAAUAAAAUUAUACAUCGAGAUUUAAAAUCACCGAAUAUUCUCAUUGGCGAUAAUGAAACAUUAAAAAUAUCUGAUUUUGGUACAAGUAAACAAAUGUUGAAUCGUCGUAGCGAAGUUAUGUCUUUCAAUGGGACAUAUGGUUGGAUGGCUCCAGAAGUGAUAAGACACGAACCAUGUUCGGAAAAAGUGGAUGUUUGGUCGUUCGGCGUUGUCGUAUGGGAAAUUUUAACUUGCGAAAUACCAUAUCACAAUAUAGAUCCGUCGGCAGUUGUAUUUGGAGUAGGCAAGGGCGAUUUGACUUUACCAAUUCCUUCAUCAGCACCUGAAAGUUUAAAAUUAUUAAUGACAAUGUGUUGGCAGAAACGUCCGCGUAAUCGUCCAUCAUUUCAACAAAUUUUAAAACAUUUGGAUGUUAGUACACCACAAAUCAUUCUGUUCGAACAAGAACAAGAAUAUCAAACAUUAAAACACAUUUGGUCGAAUGAAAUUACUGAAAAAUUCAAACAAUUACCAACAAUUGAUAUAUCUAGCUUAGAAAAAUUAUCACAUGAUCAGAUACGACAAAAACGUGUCGAAGAAUUACAGCAUAUCCAGGAUAUUCGCCAUCAUUAUCAUAAAAAAUUACUGCAAACAAAUACAAUGUAUCUUGAACUCUCCACAUUGAUGUUACAACUCAAACAACGUGAACGUGAAAUAAUUAAAAAAGAGCGUAUAUUACAUAUCAAUAAUGGAAAAGAAAAAAAAUCCAUUACUCCAUGGUUGAAAUAUACAAUCAAUCAUAGAAAAACAUCGUUACAAGCGAAAUUGUCGAAUACAAACAACAAAAAUAACAUUUGCAAAGUUCAUACAAUUUCGAACACAAUUUUACCACAACAGCCACGUGUACGCCAACGUCAUCCGUCACAAUCAUCAACACCAAAUGCUUUGAGUCCAACGACAAACGUACAAUCAAAUUGUACUAAUUCGUCCAAAACAUCACAAAAUCCUGUACCAUUAUUAACAUCAACCACAACAUUACCACAACAACUAUCACAAUGCUCUUCAUCACCAACAACGUCAAAAUCACGUACGAGAAAAAAAGGUGGCCAUUUGCGUAGUGGUAGCGGCACUAUAAAAUUUACAUCAAUAAACGAAGACAGUAAACAAUCAACAUCCACAAAUAUUACACCAAAUUUAAUUAAUGAAACCUUUCAAGAAACAGCAAAACAAACUUCACCAAGUAAGGCUUCAGCAGAAAUGAUAAUGAUGACAUCGAUAAGUAAUAAACGAAAUGACUAUUUUAAUUCAACAGUUAUCGUACCAUCCGUCUCGGCUAAUAAUGAUUUAUUGCCACUCACUGGCAACAAUCCAUACAUUAAUAAACGACAGCCAUUAUCAAGAAAAGGACUUAGUCUCGAUAUAGAAAAUCCGAUGACAACCAAUAAUUUUGUACGAUUGAACCAACGUUCAUCCACAAUAGCAACGCCGACAAGGCUUUUUACCUAUGCUCUUCGAAAAUCAUCGAGCAGUGGAGCUGAUGAUUCUGAAGAAAUACAUCCGAGUAUUUUGAAACAACGACGUCGUCAAACACGUUCAAGUAUUAGUAACAGUGGCACAAAUAGCACUAAAAAUACAUUGUCAACAACAUCAACAUUAAAAAGUAGCCCUAAAAACGCUGAUCAAAUAGACUAUUCAAUAUCAUCGCAAAAAUCAAAUCAUGAUAACGCAACGGCUUUAAGUUUAGUGAAUAAAACAAAUGAUGACGAUGAAAACUACAAUAUUGGAGAUGAUGAAUCGGAAAAUAGUGGAAAUAUACAAACUGAAAUGAGAAGACAACGAAAUGUGACAUUUUUAUUACCUCCAUCAAAAACAACUGACCGAAGUCCGGUAACGACCAAUAAUCAAAUAUGGAAAGCAAAAACUAUGCGUUACAGUUCAUCCGAAGAAGGAGAAGUCGAAGAAGUAACAAGUGAUCAUUUUGUGAUGGAUGAUGAGAAACAUCGGCAAAAACAUCAAGAUUUAAAUCGUAUUUCUGGUACUUUUUCAUCAGAAAUGGAUGAUAGUGAAUUAUACCUUGAAAGUAAUCGAUCAUCGAUUAAAAGUGAAGGUGUUCUCUCUGAUGAAGGUGGACAUGUGUCUGAUGAACGACCAGAAUCAUGUGAAUCUUGUUUAGAACAUACGAUUGAUGAUGAAUGGUCGAAUAAAGAUACAUUACGCACUCAUAAAGAUGGAUAUACUGAUGGAACACAAUAA